CACGAGGUAAAAAGUAGUAUAUAUAUAAAAUUAAGUUAUGGUUGGAGUAGAAUGGUUGGAGUAGAGAUGGAAAAAUUAGAAGCUAAAACACUGUCGAAGAGCUAGAUUGACUUUUAGCUUUUAAUUUUUUAGACUCUCCCUUACCCAACAUUUUGGUUUCAACAUUACGACAAGUCCCUAAUAUUUUGGGGGAGACUCAAAACCCGGGUCAAUUAUCACGCGUCUAGUCAUUUCCCAUUUUCCUGGCCGCAACGGCAUUUGAGCUACUCCGCAUAACAAACCGACGCCAUAGCUUUUCCUUCUGCCAUUCAGGUUGAAACCCAGAUUUGAUCUCGUCUCCCCCAUUUCCAGAAAGUUGACUUCUUUUUAGGUCACCCCCUUCCUAGAAGGCCAUAAUCUCCCCUACUCCUGAAAUGCAUUUCUCGUUUAUUGUUUCUAGUAAUGUAAUGCUGAGAUGAGAUUGGAUCCUACCUCGAAGAUUCCCAUUUUUUAGGAAGUUGACUUCAUUAAUUUGGACAAAUUUUCACAUUAUUUCCUAGCUGGGGGUUUCUCAAUUCUUCGACCCUUCAGAGGAUUUGGAAACAAACUGGAUGGGGGAGGGGGAGAAACUCCCCGUAGACCGCGAGGAAGAUGGAGGAGGUCAAUGGAGGUGGUGGGGGUGCAUAUAUGCCGAGCCAGUCCGGUGGUUGAGAAUGCUUGCGGGAGAAACACACUGGAGCUUUGUGUUUGGUGUGGUGGUGGUGUAUGGGAUCAGCCAGGGAGUGGGUGGAGCUUUUGGCCGUGUCGGCACAGAGUACUACAUGAAGGAUGUGCAGAAGGUGCAGCCCUCCGAGGCGCAGGUCUAUUCAGGAAUCACGUCUAUUCCUUGGCUUGUUAAGCCAUUCUGGGGUAUCCUCACUGAUGUUGUUCCCAUUUUGGGAUAUCACCGCAGGCCUUACUUCAUCUUUGCUGGUGCUCUUGGAAUUGUCUCUAUGCUGUUCUUAUCAUUGCACAAGAACCUGCAUAUUGUGUCUGCACUGCUCUCAUUAACAGCUGGAAGUGCGGGAGUUGCUAUUGCUGAUGUCACUGUUGAUGCUUGUGUGGCACAAAACAGUGGUGCUCAUCCUUCCCUUGCACCUGAUAUGCAAAGUUUAUGUGCUUUGAGUGCCUCUAUCGGUUCAUUAUUGGGCUUUUCCUUAAGUGGUAUCUCCGUCCGUGUACUUGGGCCUGAGGGCGUGUAUGGCUUGUUGGCUAUUCCAUCGGGGCUUGUGUUUUUGGUUGGAAUAUUGCUAAAGGAACCUGAGAUGCACAAUGCUCCUUAUCAACGGGUAAGCGAGAAAUUUGGAGGCGCUGCAAAAGCUAUGUGGAAAACUCUGCGAUGCGCUGCUGUUUGGAGACCAUGUUUAUAUAUGUAUUUGUCCCUUGCAUUAAGCUUUGAUGUCUCUGAAGGGAUGUUCUACUGGAUGACAGAUGCAGAGGGUGGUCCUCAUUUUUCAAAGGAGAGUAUUGGUUACAUAUCUGCGAUUGGGUCCAUCGGAUCUCUGUUGGGCGCUAUACUUUACCAAUACGGAUUAAAAGACCACCCCUUUAGAGACCUGCUUUUCUGGACACAGUUGCUGUACGGUCUCUCAGGAAUGCUUGAUUUGGCUCUCAUACUACGCCUAAACUUGAGAUUUGGCAUACCGGAUUACUUCUUCGUGGUGAUAGAUUCGGGCAUCUCUCACAUGAUAGGGCGGCUGAAGUGGAUGCCCCUUUUGGUAUUAACUGCCAAGCUGUGUCCUCCUGGCAUUGAGGGCACAAUCUUUGCUCUGCUGAUGUCAAUUGACAAUUCUGGCCUUUUGACAUCGUCGUGGGGUGGAGGGUUCUUACUUCAUGUGCUGAAUGUCACUAGGGCGCGGUUCGAUAAGCUCUGGGUGGCACUUUUGAUAAGAAACGUGUUACGGGUCACCCCUCUUUUUGUGCUGUUUUUGGUCCCGAGUAGUGACCCCAACUCUUCCAUCCUCCCGACCGAAAGUGGGACCCGCGGGUCUUCGACUCAGAACACAAAUGUAGAGCUUGUUUCCCUAGUUGACCGCAGCAGGGACACACUGCUAGAUAACCAGGCGUCACCACACUAACGCGGUUUGAUCCUUAUAUUGACCAACGCGGCUAUUCUUUAAAUAAAAAAACCCUUUCAUCUCACAUUUAUAUCUUAAUUGCUACAUAAUUGGUCACCAAGAAAUUUUGUUCACAUUUUUCUUUCCAUUUUGUUUUUGAACCUGUAAGGAGUUUAGUUUAUGCAGAGCGAAAUCCCGCACACCCUAUGCUAGAGAAUAUAAGUCCAGUAAUAUAUAUAUAGAGGGAGAGUACACAGAGAUAGUAAGUAGCCUACCUUGAAUCCAUGAUUAAUAUAGCUUGUAAGUUUAUAUUGCAGCCUGGCUGGGCUUCAAAUACAAUCUGUUCUGGUCAUUUG